UGGGACAGCGCGCCUCGCGUACACUUGAAACAGCAAAUCGUAACCUUGUCAUAUUCCAGUGCUAUAUUAUAUUGGUGCCCCAAUGAUGUUAUAGUGGUCAGUGUACGGCGGCCUUAGAGGGAUUUAUUUUGUGAUUCAGUGCGUAUUUAUUGUGUUGCAUGAGUGGUCCCGAUGGGGUGCUGGGUAGUGCGCGGGAUGACGGACGCCAUUCGCCGGCCACCACCGAACAACUAACGAAAUGCGUGGUGUCAGAGCCGGAGUGCGUGGCGAUAGGUAGCAGACUGCGCGGCGCGAUGGGCACGCGGCCGCCGGCGCGCUUCUGGCCGCAACUGUGGGCCACCGUGCUGCGCAGUCUGUUGCUCAAGAAGCGUGAUACCAGGAAAACCCUCGCUGAGGUGCUGGUGCCCCUGUACUGCCUUGGCGUCCUAAUCUUCCUCAAGAUGCUGGUGCCGAAUCCUAACUUCCCGGAGGUCAGCAAGCCGGGCCGCCUGCUCAGAAUCCACCACGACAUCCUCCCAGAAAACCGUUCCGUCGCAGUCGUCGCUGAUUGGGCAACGGCUAAUGGGACUGUUGGUUUCCUGGAAGAGAUCAACAACCUGCUGGCAGAGUCCGACCAGUACCCUAUCAACUGGGUGCGCUACAACAACACCACGGAACUGAACGACGCUUACCAUCUGAACGCGAGGCACUUCCCCAUCGCCAUCAUCUUUCACACGGACCCCAGUACCUUCGGGGAACCGCUCAGAUACACAAUUCGUACGAAUCCCUCGCACGCCGGCACGCCGUCUACCCGUACUCUGUACACGUCUCCAGUGAAGUGCCGCGAAAGACCAGCGGUUAAAGACUGGUCUUCUGACUGGUCUCGUGGUGGCCAGCUCAUUCCAUUAUCGGAGAUGCACAGCGAGGACACCUGCCCUGUGCUGCAGUAUUACUACUCAGGAUUCCUAGCGAUGCAGUCGAUCAUCGAUUAUGUUAAAAUCAAGCUGGACACUGGCUCUCCUCUGCCACCUCCUAGGGUGGACCUGCGUCAGUUCCCGAAGCGGCAGCACACCGGCGACUGGCUGGUGAUCUUCCGCGUCAUCAUGCCCAUGUACAUGGUGAUGACGCUCUCGCAGUUCAUCACCUACCUCCUCAUGUUCGUGGUGGGGGAGAAGGAGAAGAAGAUAAGAGAAGGAAUGAGAAUCAUGGGAUUAAAGGAUUCUGUUUAUUGGGGUUCCUGGUUCCUCAUCUACGCCGUCUUUGUUACAAUACUGUCAAUAGUUAGUACAGUUCUGCUAUUUACUUUGGGGGUGUUCCAGCAUUCGUCUUACAUCCUCAUCUUCCUCCUGAUGCUGCUAUUUGGCUUUACGAUAAUCACAUUUGCGUUUAUGUUGACUCCAUUCUUUGACAGUGCCAGGACUGCGGGUAUAAUGGGAAGUUUCGCGGUGAACCUGAUGAGCUGGCUGUACUUCAUCCAGGUGUUUGUGUCUAACGCGGACUCGCUCGCCUUCUGGUUCGUCUCACUUAUCAGUUCCAGUUGUUACGCUCUGGCUAUGGAUAAGGCGCUAGUCCUAGAUAUGGCGGGUGUAGGUGUGACAUGGGACAACUUGUGGAGUGGUCAGGGAGUGCCGUUUGGGGGAAGUCUUAUCAUGAUGGCAGUUGACACCGUGCUGUACGGACUGAUUGCAUAUUGGUUGGACGCUGUUAUACCUAGUGAGUAUGGUAUCAAACAGAAACCAUGGUUCUGCUUACUCCCGUCGUACUGGGGAGGUGGACGACGCGGCAGAGUCUCUGCUGUUCAUUUCCAUUCUAACGGCGAGGCUGCACAUAAUAAGGACAUCGAACCUGUUUCCAGAGAGCUCCUAGAUAAAGAAGCGAUCAGAAUUGUGGGUCUCCAGAAGAGUUUCCGUCACUGCCGCAAGCCGGAGAUCAAGGCCAUUGACGGCAUCGACUUGAGCAUCUACGAGGGUCAGAUCACAGCAGUGCUGGGUCACAAUGGCGCUGGGAAGUCCACACUCUUCAACAUCCUGACUGGAUUGACCGCACCUACGGCUGGCACCGCCUACGUGUAUGGAUUGGACGUGAGGGACCCUAACGACAUGCACGAGAUCCGUCAGAUGAUUGGCGUGUGUCCGCAGCAAGACGUCCUCUUCGACCUUCUCUCUGUUAAAGAACAUCUAGAAUUCUUCGCCGCGGUUAAGGGUAUACCGAGUAAGCGUCUAGCAGGGGAGGUCCACAAGGCGAUGUCGGAGGUGGGUCUGCUGGAGCAGGCGGAGGUCUUCUCUAAGCACCUCUCCGGAGGUCAGAAGAGGAAGUUGAGCAUCGCCAUCGCUUUUAUUGGAGAUCCUAAGAUAAUAAUCCUGGACGAGCCGACGGCGGGCGUGGACCCGGUGUCGCGGCGGCAGACCUGGCGCAUCUUGCAGCGCGCGCGCCGCGGCCGCGUGCUGCUGCUCACCACACACUUCAUGGAUGAAGCCGACAUCCUCGGAGACAGGAAGGCCGUCAUCAGCAAGGGCAGGGUCCGGUGUGCAGGAACGUCGUUGUUUUUGAAGAACAAAUUCGGUAUCGGCUACCAUCUCACACUGGUGCUGGACGGUGCCUGUCGCGAGCACCAGAUAACGCGGCUGGUGCGGGGCCACGUGCCCCGCGCGGAAAAGGCGCGCCGCCACGGCCGCGAGCUCUCCUACAUCCUGCCGCACUACGCCGUGCAUCUCUUCCCGCCGCUCUUCCAUGCUAUAGAGCAUGAGAUCAAGGAAAAGACGAACAGACUAGGUAUAACAAGCUACGGUGUGUCAAUGACGACGUUAGAGGAGGUAUUCCUCAGUCUGGAGGGAGAGAACGCGGAGGAGACGGAGGCGGUGGAGGGAGUCUCCUCCGUGAAGUUGGUGCGGGCGAGAGCGUUAUCCAGAAGCCUCUCACUUCAAAGCAAGACUUUAAGUUAUCAGGAAUUAAACGACAAAGAACAGCAGAAGACCACAUCUCUGCCGACCCCACCGCACACCGCUUCGCAUGCGCUACACUCCACCACACAUGGAGUAGAAACUGUUAAGGUGCCAGUGGAGACGCCAGCGUCAGCGCUGGGCGAGCCAGUAAAGACGAGCCCGUCCUGCUGGCGCACCUUCUGCGCUCUCGUGUACAUCCGCACCGUGCGCAUGAUACGGGACCCGUACAAGUUAUACGUCAUGAUAUUCAUGCCUAUAAUUUCCUGCGCCCUCGGUCUCUACAUAAAGUCACGGCAGAUAGUAUUUUUUCGAAUGCAACCUUUAAAAUUAGACCCUAAUGCAUAUCUAAAUAAGACUCCAAUCGCAUUGAACAGCGAACAGGACAAUUUAAAAGAACUUCUCGACUUCCGAGAGUCGUUGGAGACUUUAGGUGCAUACCCUAUAGUGGACUUCGAUGGAAACUUCUCGAGUCUUCUGGAUAUGGAGAACUUCGGUGCAUUCAGUUUAAUAGAUAGUGUUAUACCGUACGGGAAAAUAAUGACGUAUUUUAAUAGCACCUACACACACAGUCUGCCUAUUAUUGUUAAUUUAUUGGAUAACAGCAUUUACAGGGUGUUAAUGUCAGCAUCCAACCAGCUCUCUAGCUUCAAGCCAAUCGAGGUGCUGACACAUCCGUUCCAGCAGACAGAACAGCAGGAGGAGUUCAACCUUGGCAACAUGGUCUGCGCCAUCUUUAUGGGCAUGAUAUUCGGCCUCGUGCCAGUCACUCUCGCUGUGGAUAUUGUCUAUGAUAGAGAAAUAAAAGCUAAGAACCAGUUGCGUGUGAACGGGCUGUCGAUGAGCAUGUACUUCCUCACUUACUUCACCGUCCUCAUCUUCAUCAUGAUCCUCACCAGCGCCGGCGUACUCGUGCUGGUAAUCAUCAACGAUAUACCAAGUCUGACAAACGGACCGGCUAUCACGAUGCUGACCGGUCUACUGCUGUUGUACAGCCCGUCCGCCAUCUUGUUCAACACGUGUCUGUCAUACGUGUUCGACAAAAUGGACUCCGCGCAGAGUAUAAUGCCCAAUAUUACAACAUGGAUUGGUGUUAUACCGUUCGUCUUAGUCGCUGUACUCGAUACUUUUAAAUGGGGUAGCGACAUCGCUUUCUAUCUUCACCUGGUAUUUAGUUUUCUAGACGUGAUGUAUAUACCUUACGCCAUUAUCUAUUAUGUGGAUAGGGUAUACCUGACGUGCAAUCUGCGCGGUUUAUGCACGGAGCCAGAGCUAUGGAGUUACUUCACCGCGGAGGUGUGGGUGCUGGUGGCCGCCAUGUUGGUGCACGUGCCGGUGUGCGGCGCCGCGCUGCUCGCCGCUGACAGACUCAAGUCCGGUGGACGGAUAUGUCCGAAGGGUAGUCCUGCUCUGCGCGCGCAGGAGGCGGAGAGCGAGGCGGGCGGCGAGGCGGGCGAGGACGAGGACGUGCGGCGCGAGCGGCGCCGCGUCGCCGGCUUCCUGCAGCGCCCGCACCACCACGCGCCCGCGCUCCUCGUACACAAUCUCCGCAAAGAAUACAAGCUGCGAGGGUCGUCUUCCCGCGGGCUGUGCGGCGGCGAGGAGGCGCUGCGCAAGGCGGCGCUGGCGCGGCUCAGCCUGGCCGUGCACGGCGGAGAGGUGUUCGGCCUGCUGGGACACAACGGCGCCGGGAAGACCACCACCAUGAAGAUCAUCACCGCCGAGGAGAGGUUCACCUGUGGCACGGUGAUGCUUGGCGGAAAGAACAUCGAGGAGGCGCAGUCGUCCGCCUUCCAGAUGCUGGGCUACUGUCCGCAGCACGACGCGCUCUGGAAGAACGUCACCAUCAGAGAGCACAUCGAGUGUUACGCGGCCAUACGCGGCGUCAGCAAGGCAGACACGCCUAGGAUAGUGGACGCGUACCUAAACGGUCUGCAGAUAAUGGAGCACGCGGGCAAGAACGCGGAGGACUGCUCCGGCGGCACGCGGCGCAAGCUCUCCUUCGCGUUAGCGAUGGUUGGAGACCCGCGUGUCGUGCUGCUCGACGAGCCCUCCACCGGCAUGGACCCGCGCAGCAAGCGCUUCCUCUGGGACACCAUACUCGCCAGCUUUCAGGGUAAAAAAGGUGCUAUUCUGACAACACAUUCCAUGGAAGAGGCUGACGCUUUAUGUUCAAGAGUGGGCAUUAUGGUGAAAGGAAGCUUAAGGUGUAUUGGUUCGACACAACAUCUAAAGAAUUUGUAUGGCGCCGGCUACACGUUAGAAAUGAAAAUUGGUCAAAACAAUCAAAAAGUGAUGCUGGAUUCAGAUCUGUCAAUGACGUCAUCGCCACUAAGAUCUGAUGAAAAUUCACCAUCGUUAGGAGAAGCAGAUGAAGGUGGAUCGGGUGGGGGCUCAGUGACAGCGGAAGCGGACGCGGAGGCGGAAGGCGAGGCGGAGGCGGUCGACAUCAGCAUACACACGCCGCUGGUGGCCGGCACUCCGCCCUUGCCUAGGCAACAACAUCAUAGGUCGGAGUCUAGCGGGGGCGGUGCGGGGGCGGAGGCGGUGGUGGCGCUGGUGGCGCAGCUGUUCCCCGCCGCCGUGCUAGAGGAGAACUUCGCUGAGCGCCUCGUCUUCUCCGUGCCUCAAUCCUCUGUAUCCAGUCUCGCGAGAUGCUUCCAGCAGAUAGAAGAUGCAAAAGAAAAACUGAACAUAGUAGAAUAUAGUUUCAGCCAGACGACGCUGGAGCAGGUGUUUUUGAAGUUUGCACAAACCGAGAACGUCGAAUCUUCAGACCAGGAGCAUUGAUUAAACUCCUUCAUUGUUUUAUAUUAUAAGCGAAGCGCCACUUGGAAAACUUUGGUUAUCUGUCAAACUUGUCAACUGUCACUUUUAGGUUAGAAUUUUUAAUGUUUCGGAAGUUUAUUUAGAAAAUAAACUAUGAAAGUUUUUCUUAAACAUUAGUUUAUCCCGCUAGUAAUUUUAAAUUUCCAAUCAAAGGUUACUAAGUGGUGAUUAAAAAGUUAAUUGUGCUUUUAAAACUGUAAUAUAAAGAAUCGCUUCUAAUAUGUUCUGUAGUUUAUUUCGUUGAGUUGUCUAAACGCUUUUUGUAUGAAGUUUCCAGUUGAUGAGAGAAUAUUAUGUAGGUGUUGUAGAAUAUAAAAUGAUACACCGUGUUGUGGCGAAAAUCUUUAUUGGCCUAUAUUAAAAUAUAGACUGUUGAAUUCAUGGUAAAAAUAAAAAAUCUUUUUUGUAAUUUUUGAAAUAUGUUAUAGCAACACCAUAAAUCGUUAGCUCUAUGAAAAUCAUAGAUUAAAAUAAUACGGUGUUUAAGAUGGCGCCACAUGCACGGAGUAUGCGUAGGCGUUGACUGUGUGAAUUGUUUUAUAAUUUCAUACUUUUAGUAGCGAGUUUUAUAUACGGAUUAGACUUUGGUAUACAUUUUACAUUUGUUUAUAAAAGUACACGUACUUAACUUCUAGAUAACGCAAUAAGUACAGUCGCCUUCGACUUCGCCGAGGAUAUUUCCUCUUCCUAUGCAUCUCCUCCAUCGUCAAAUCCGCUUCCCCUUCCCAUCCUCGCAUAAGAAAAGGGUAGUAAAGAGAAAGGGACUUAAAUUUGACUUAAUCGUUUAAAUGUGCAUCGAAAAGACUCCUAUUAGAAAAAAUAGUUUCAGUUAUUUUAAAAAUUCCAUAACUCCACCUAAUUCUUUAAAAUACGUGUAUUUUAUAAUAAACAAAUGUAAAACAUAGUAUCGUUAUAUUUAAGGUAAUAUUAACACUUCGGUAUGUGGUUAAUAUGGUGCCUGGUUUUUUUAUAUUUCCCAAUGUUUUAUUUUAUUUAUUACUCAUCAAAUCAUUACAAAUAUCAAUAAUUUAUAGGUUAUAAAAUAGACAUAACCUACAGAUAUCUACUCUAUAAUCUAUAGAUUAUAUAUCCAUGUAUUAAAGUGAUUUUGAAGGAUAUUUGACAUUUGCUGCGUAGAUAAUUAUUUGUUUAUUUA